CCUGUCACCAUCUUCAGGCUCGGCUUUGAAGAAAAGCUGGCGUCGUUGGUUUUGUGUGCUGUGCUGUGAGUGCUGCUGCAGAAAGCUGAGCAGAAAGCUUGGAAAGCUGGAAAAGCACAACAUGAAUACAGUGACCUAUGAUGAUGUGCAUAUUGGCUUCACUUGGGAAGAGUGGACGUUGCUGGAUCCUUCCCAGAAGAAUCUCUACAAAGAUGUCAUGCUGGAGACCUACAGAAACCUCACUAUUAUAGGAUACAGUUGGGAAGACCAUAAUAUCGAAGAGCAUUGUCAAAAUUCUAGAAGACAUGAAAGGCAUGAAAGAAGCCAAACUGGAAUGAAAACUUCUGUAUAUAUGCAAUGUGGUAAAGCCUUUGCAUAUGAUAGUCAGCUUCAAAGGCAUGAAAGAAGACGUACUGGAGAGAAACCCCAUGGAAGUAGUCAGUGUAAUAAAUCCUCUGCAUGUCACAAUAAUCUUCAAAGGCAUCAAAGAACAUAUACUGGAGAGAAAUGUUGUGAAGGUAAUCAGUGUGGUAAAGCCUUUGCACAGCACAGUCAUCUUCAGAUUCAUAAAAGAACACAUACUGGAAAGGAACCAUAUGAAUUUAAUCAAUGUGAUAAAGCCCUUGAACAUCAUGGUAUUCUUCAACUGCAGAAAAGAAUACAUACCACAGAGAAACUCUAUGAAUGCAAUCAAUGUGGUAAAACCUUUGCUCAUCACAUUACUCUUCAAAGGCAUAAAAGAACACAUACUGGAGAGAAACUCUAUAAAUGUAUUCAGUGUGAUAAAGCUUUUGCACUUCACAGUAAUCUUCAAAUGCAUAAAAGAACACAUACUGGAGAGAAACCCUUUGAAUGUAAUCAAUGUGGUAAGACAUUUACACAACAUGGUCAUCUACAAGUACAUAAAAGAACACAUACUGGAGAGAAACCUUAUGAAUGUAAUCAAUGUGGUAAAGCCUUUGGUCAUCACAGUACUCUUCAAAGGCAUGAAAGAACACAUACUGGAGAGAAACCCUAUGAAUGUAAUCAAUGUGGUAAAGCCUUUGCACGCCAGAGUCAUCUUCAAAUUCAUAGAAGAACACAUACUGGAGAGAAACCCUUUGAAUGUAAUCAGUGUGGUAAAGCCUUUGCACAACACACUCGUCUUCAAGAACAUAAAAGAACACAUACUGGGGAGAAACUCUAUGAAUGUAAUCAAUGUGGUAAAGCCUUUGCACAACACAGUCAUCUUCAAGGACAUAAAAGAACACAUACUGGAGAGAAACCAUAUAAAUGUAAUCAAUGUGAUAAAGCCUUUGCAUGUCAGAGUAGCCUGCAAAGCCAUAAAAGUACACAUACUGGAGAGAAACCCUACGAAUGCAAGCAAUGUGGUAAAGCCUUUGCACGUGACAGUGAUCUUCAGAGGCAUAAAAGAACACAUACUGGAGAGAAACCCUAUGAAUGUAAUCAGUGUGGUAAAGCCUUUACACGCCCCAGUACUCUUCAAAUGCAUAAAAGAACACAUACUGGAGAGAAACCCUAUGAAUGUAUUCAGUGUGGUAAAGCUUUUGCACUUCACAGUAAUCUUCAAAUUCAUAAAAGAACACAUACUGGUGAGAAACCCUAUGAAUGUAAUCAAUGUGGUAAAGCCUUUGCACAACACAGUGAUCUACAAGAACAUAAAAGAACACAUACUGGAGAGAAACCCUAUGAAUGUAAUCAAUGUGGUAAAGCCUUUGGUCAUCGCAGUACUCUUCAAAAGCAUAAAAGAACACAUACUGGAGAGAAACCCUAUGAAUGUAAUCAAUGUGGUAAAGCCUUUGCACGUCAGAGUCAUCUUCAAAUUCAUAAAAGAACACAUUACUCGAGAGAAACCCUUGGAAUGCAAUCAAUGUAAAGCCUUUCCACAACAGUCAUCUUAAAGAACAUAAAAGAACACAUACUGGGGAGAAACUAUAUGAAUGUAAUCAAUGUGG